CCCCACUCCACCCCCCAAGUCCCCCUUCUCCCUCCACCCCAUCCCCACUCCGCCCCCCAAGUCCCCCCUCUCCUCCACCCCCAUCCCCACUCCACCCCCCAAGUCCCCCCUCUCCCUCCGCCCCCCAAGUCCCCCCAUGACCCCUCCCUCCCUCCGCCCCCCAGGUUACAUCCAGCGCCGGCUGAUCAAGUCCAUGGAGUCGGUGAUGGUGAAGUACGACGCCACGGUGCGGAACUCCAUCAACCAGGUGGUGCAGCUGCGCUAUGGGGAGGACGGGCUGGGGGGCGAGAGCGUGGAGUUCCAGAACCUCGCCACGCUCAAGGCCUCCAACAAGGCCUUCGAGAAGAAAUUCCGCUUUGACUGCAGCAACGAGCGGGCGCUGCGGCGGACGCUGCAGGAGGAGCUGGUCAAGGAGCUCCUGUCCAACGCUCACGUCCAGAACGAGCUGGAGCGGGAAUUCGAGAGGAUGCGGGAGGACCGCGAGGUGCUCAGGGUCAUCUUCCCCACCGGGGACAGCAAGGUCGUGCUCCCCUGUAACCUGCUCCGCAUGAUCUGGAACGCGCAGAAGAUUUUCCACAUCAACUCCCGGCUGCCCUCGGACCUGCACCCCAUCAAAGUGGUGGAGGGGGUGCGGGAGCUGAGCCGGCGCCUGGUGAUCGUGAACGGCGAGGACCCGCUGAGCCGGCAGGCGCAGCACAACGCCACGCUGCUCUUCAACAUCCACCUGCGCUCCACGCUCUGCGCCCGCCGCAUGGCCGACGAGUUCCGCCUCAGCGGGGAGGCCUUCGACUGGCUCCUGGGGGAGAUCGAGUCCAAGUUCAACCAGGCCAUCGCUCACCCAGGGGAGAUGGUGGGUGCCCUGGCGGCGCAGUCCUUGGGCGAGCCGGCCACCCAGAUGACCCUCAACACCUUCCACUACGCCGGCGUCUCGGCCAAGAACGUCACCCUCGGCGUGCCGCGCCUCAAGGAGCUCAUCAACAUCUCCAAGAAGCCCAAGACCCCCUCGCUCACCGUGUUCCUGCUGGGGCAGAGCGCCCGCGACGCCGAGAGAGCCAAGGACAUCCUGUGCCGCCUGGAGCACACCACCCUCCGCAAGGUGACCGCCAACACCGCCAUCUACUACGACCCCAACCCUCAGAGCACCGUGGUGGCCGAGGACCAGGAGUGGGUCAACGUCUACUACGAGAUGCCCGACUUCGACGUGAGCCGCAUCUCGCCCUGGCUCCUGCGCGUCGAGCUCGACCGCAAGCACAUGACGGACAGGAAGCUCACCAUGGAGCAGAUCGCCGAGAAGAUCAACGCGGGCUUUGGGGACGACCUCAACUGCAUCUUCAACGACGACAACGCCGAGAAGCUGGUGCUGCGCAUCCGCAUCAUGAACAGCGACGAGAACAAGAUGCAGGAGGAGGAGGAGGUGGUGGACAAGAUGGACGACGACGUCUUCCUGCGCUGCAUCGAGUCCAACAUGCUCACCGACAUGACGCUGCAGGGCAUCGAGCAGAUCAGCAAGGUGUACAUGCACCUCCCGCAGACGGACAACAAGAAGAAGAUCAUCAUCACGGAGGACGGGGAGUUCAAGGCGCUGCAGGAGUGGAUCCUGGAGACGGACGGCGUGAGCCUCAUGCGGGUGCUGAGCGAGAAGGACGUGGACCCCGUGCGCACCACGUCCAACGACAUCGUGGAGAUCUUCACCGUGCUGGGCAUCGAGGCGGUGCGCAAGGCCCUGGAGCGGGAGCUCUACCACGUCAUCUCCUUCGACGGCUCCUACGUCAACUACCGGCACCUGGCGCUGCUCUGCGACACCAUGACCUCGAGGGGACACCUCAUGGCCAUCACCCGCCACGGCGUGAACCGCCAGGACACCGGGCCCCUCAUGAAGUGCUCCUUCGAGGAGACCGUGGACGUGCUGAUGGAGGCGGCGGCGCACGGCGAGAGCGACCCCAUGAAGGGGGUGUCCGAGAACAUCAUGCUGGGGCAGCUGGCGCCCGCCGGCACCGGGUGCUUCGACCUCCUCCUCGACGCCGAGAAGUGCAAGCACGGCAUGGAGAUCCCCAGCACCCUGCCCGGCAUGGGCAUGGGGGGGCCUACUGGAAUGUUCUUUGGCUCGGCCCCCAGCCCCAUGGGGGGCCUGUCCCCGGCCAUGACACCCUGGAACCAAGGAGCUACCCCCGCCUAUGGGGCCUGGUCCCCCAGUGUGGGCAGUGGGAUGACCCCCGGAGGCGCCGGCUUCUCCCCCAGCGCCGCCUCGGACGCCAGCGGCUUCAGCCCCGGUUACUCCCCGGCCUGGUCCCCGACCCCCGGCUCCCCCGGCUCCCCCGGGCCCUCCAGCCCCUACAUCCCCUCCCCUGGCGGUGCCAUGUCACCCAGCUACAGCCCCACGUCCCCUGCCUACGAGCCGCGUUCACCCGGGGGCUACACCCCACAGAGCCCCAGCUACAGCCCAACUUCACCCAGCUACAGCCCCACCUCGCCCAGCUACAGCCCGACGUCGCCCAACUACAGCCCCACGUCACCGAGCUACAGCCCCACCUCGCCCAGCUACAGCCCCACGUCGCCCAGCUACAGCCCCACUUCGCCCAGCUACAGCCCGACGUCGCCCAGCUACAGCCCCACGUCGCCCAGUUACAGCCCGACGUCGCCCAGUUACAGCCCCACUUCGCCCAGCUACAGCCCCACGUCGCCGAGCUACAGCCCGACGUCGCCCAGCUACAGCCCGACGUCGCCCAGCUACAGCCCCACGUCGCCCAGCUACAGCCCGACGUCGCCCAGCUACAGCCCCACUUCGCCCAGCUACAGCCCGACGUCGCCCAGCUACAGCCCCACCAGCCCCAACUACAGCCCCACCAGCCCCAACUACACCCCGACCUCUCCCAGCUACAGCCCCACCUCGCCCAGCUACAGCCCCACCAGCCCCAACUACACCCCGACCUCGCCCAACUACAGCCCCACCUCGCCCAGCUACAGCCCCACCUCGCCCAGCUACAGCCCCACCUCGCCCAGCUACAGCCCCUCCAGCCCCCGCUACACCCCGCAGUCACCCACCUACACCCCCAGCAGCCCCAGCUACAGCCCCAGCAGCCCCAGCUACAGCCCCACCUCCCCCAAGUACACCCCGACCAGCCCCAGCUACAGCCCCAGCUCCCCCGAGUACACCCCCACCAGCCCCAAGUACAGCCCCACCAGCCCCAAGUACAGCCCCACCAGCCCCAAGUACAGCCCCACCUCGCCCACCUACAGCCCCACCACCCCCAAGUACAGCCCCACGUCCCCCACCUACAGCCCCACCAGCCCCGUCUACACCCCGACCAGCCCCAAGUACAGCCCCACCAGCCCCACCUACAGCCCCACCAGCCCCAAGUACAGCCCCACGUCCCCCACCUACAGCCCCACCAGCCCCAAGGGCUCCACCUACAGCCCCACGUCCCCCGGCUACAGCCCCACUUCCCCCACCUACAGCCUCACCAGCCCGGCCAUCAGCCCCGACGACAGCGACGAGGACAACUGAGCCCGGGUGGGGGGACCCCCUCCAGGCUAUGGGGCUGACCCAUAAGUUGCUGUCACCAGCCCAAGCCGGGCGGUUGACAUGGGGGUGGGGGACGGUGGGGUGGGGGACACUUUGGGUCGUAGGGAAGCUUCAA